CUCCUGCAACCGAAAAAAAAAAGGUCAACGAGAGACCCUGAGGAAAGAACAAAAAAGUCCAUGGCUUGCAAGCAGUAUUACACCUCUUUCUCGCUGGUCGUAACCAGGAUUGUCCUACUCACCGUCCACGCCAACGACCCUCGCGGUCUUGGAGAAGUCGACGAUCUAUGUGAGAAGGCAGACUUCAAAAACCUCUGCAGGGAUACUCUACACUCUACAGGGACAAGGAUCCGAAGCUGUUCUGGAUGCAGUCAUAGUUACGACGCUGCCAUCACUGACCUGAAGAAGGCCCUGGAAAGCUUAAAAAAGGAGGACAUGGAAAGCCUCAUGAUCAGUCUCAGUAUGGUGAUUGAAGAUUAUGGUUCGUGUGAUGACAUGUACGUGGAUGGACCCGUUAAGUCCCAUGUAGGCAGUGCUAACAAGGCCAUGAUCCAGAUGGCUGGUAACUGCUUUGCAUUGGCAAGUUUGAUACAAUUCUGAAGGUAUACAUAAUUAUAAUUCUUCUAGGCAAUGCAUUUGUUUCGGAUGAUUUGCUUGCCGGAGAAGAGGUCGACUAACCCAACCACAUUAAGUG